CCUCACUAUGCACAUCCACAGCAGCAUCAGCAGCCCGCGCACAGCUACCAACCACAACAGCAGCAGCAGCAGCAGCAGCAGCAGCAGCAGCACCAACACCACCACCACCACCACCACCAGCAACAACAGCAGCAACAACAACUUCAUCAACAGCAGCAAAUAUAUAACAACAGCCCUUAUGCACACCAUGUGCCUGUGCCUUCUGCUCAGUACAUGGCCCCACAGAACUACCCUCGACCCAACCAGUCAUACCCUCAACAGGUUACGAUACCCUCACCGCAGCAGAUGCAACAAUCAAUACCGUCUCCGAGACCAGAUAUGAUGGCGCAAGGGAACCCACAACAACAUGUGCAACGUCAACAGCCGCCUGUACCUCAGCCUCUACAGCCACGAUUCCCGCUUCCGCAGCAAGCAAGGCCAACGAUUCCAUCACCUCAACAGCAGCAGCAUCACGUCCCCCAUAUGAUCAAGUCCCAGCAGUUUCACCAAAGCCAGCCUCACUCAAUGUCACCCCAGGCCCAGAGUCGGCCUCUGCAGGCGAUGAGCCCCAACCCGCUUCACCGAAGCCAGUCUCAGGCCUCUGUAUCACACGCACACAGUCCAAGUCAGCACUUCGACACACCCGCAGUCUUGACAUGCGUCGCAGACGACUGUUUCCGGGCUGCUCACUCGGCUGUACAGGACCUUGCGACAUCGUUAGAUCAGGCGGCCAUGAAUGAAUACUACAAGCUCAUUGCGACUGGUCUGGGCUGUCUCGAGGCCGCCCUGGCGCUGAACAAACUUCCCGCGCGUGCCGAGGCGAAUAUUCGGUUGAGAUAUGCGACCAUACUGAGUGAGGAGACAGACAAUCUCACGGAAGCAGAGGUGGCGUUAACCAAGGGAAUCGCUGUUUGUGACAAGACGCGCCUUACAGAUUUGAAGUACUGUAUGCAGUUCCAGCUUCUCAAGGUCCUCCACAGGAGAAAUCGCAAGGCAGCACUGGUCGCGUUAGACAAAAAUAUAUCAGAGGCAACGACAUACAAAGCGGUGGACUGGGUCUACGCAUUUCGCUUCCUCAGAGCGUCAUUUCACCUUCAGUCUGGCAACCCAGCAGACACUCAUGCCAUGGAGAACCUACGCAACAUCACGUCUCUUGCGACGCAUCGUGGCGAUCAUGCCAUCGCAGUUCUGACCUCCCUUCUGGAAGGUAUCGAUCAUCUCAAGUCCCGCAAGGAAGACUCCAUAGUACGCGUCCAGACAUGUAUUGCGCAGGCAGCGAGGCACCAGUUGGAUCCGUCUGUUCAUAUUCCACAGAUCGAGGUCUUGACCCUCCUCUUGGACAUGGCCUGCAGCCUGCAGCAAAAGGCUCCGCAGGUGGCCAUGCAGAAGCUCAAAGCUCUGCAAUUCCGUAUGGAUGAGCUUGUUCAGACCUCUGACUGGGAUCAGAUGCGCGAUGAGUUACUGCUGCCGCUGAAGAGGCAGCCGAACUCGAGUUCGACAGUCACGGAUGAUACCAAGACUAUCAUCCGACCCGGCAGCGAGUUCAACUAUAUUGUGAUGUCUUUUGUGACCAAGGUCCAUGCGUUCGUCCUAGCAUACGUCUUGAGCGGCCUGGCGCUUCUGUACCAUGGAUCCAAGAACGAAAAGCUUCUUGAGUAUUGGACGGAAGCCUUGAACAUGCUAGCAAGAAGUGCGCCGGCCGCUCAUUCGCUGCCAAUGGCAAUCGAGCAGGCUAAAUGGCGCUCCGAGGUUGGCUGUUACAUUCAUACGCUCACUGCUCUGAUCUCGGCCACUCGCACCCACUGGGCCAAAGUACAAGACUGCAUCCAAAAGAUUGAGGCAUUAAGACCGAAACCGAGAGCCGAACGCCUUAAUCUGCUGGUUUUGUAUGUGAAGGGGGCUUAUUAUCAAGGCACGGGAGACCUUGGCAAGGCAGACGAGAUCUUCAGCGAUGCGCGCUUCGACAUCGCAGAGCCGAGCAACGCGUCACCUGGCAGCACGGGAACAGCGCCGUCCGAGAUGGCACUCCUCGCAGCCCUCAACCGUAUAUGGAUCAUGCAGAAACCCUCGAGACGGGACGAUCAGCAGACGACGGAGCUUCUCGAAAAGGUUCGACCUCACUGUGCAGACCAUCCAGACAUCGACAUCCGUACCGCGUUCAACCUUGUCGCGGCCUCAAUCGAAACAGACCCGCCACAGUCCAUUCAGACCGUGAAGCGCCACAUAUCCACAGGACUCAAGUUUGCACAGGCAGCUAACAACACCCAGCUUCUGAGUGUGGCGCUGAACCUGAUGCGGUCCUGCUUGUUUGAGAGUGUUGUGGGGGACCAGGCGGUCAAGUCGGCCAAGGCGGGCAAGGCGCAGGCUGCCAAAGCGGGUAAUUUGCUGUGGAUGAGCGUGGGCGAGGGAAUGCUGGCUCAGACUGAGGAGAUGCAGGGACAGGUGGAAGAGGCGGAACGACUGAGGGCUGAUGGGACGGCGCACGCUAAUGAGGCUUUUGUGAAGCCUCAGGGUGUUUAGAAACUCGACUUCGUUUCUUAUCGGCAAGGGACCUUCUUAUGUGUGGCAUGGGUAUCGGCGUUUUGCUCAUUAUGUUCAAGGUGAAUGAUUUUCUACGCUUGGCUUGGGUUUGGGAUACCCCUUUGUUGUCGACUCUGGCACUGGCUUUGGGAAUGGCGCCCGGUAUAUGCAUUUGGUCAUGAUCAGGGCAUGAAACUCCAGCAAUGUGAAUAAAGGCUGCAUCGCCUACAGAAGCCUUUGGUCUAAUACUGGAAAUUGUUAUUCCUUAAUCAACAAGUUUAAGAUCCACAAUGCCCAGACAUGCCUGGUAUUUACCUCUCAUAAUCUAGCUAAUCCUC